AUGGUGAACAAGAAAAGGACGCCGAAUUUUUCCAAAUUCGAAGUAGACGUACUUUUGAACUUGGUUGCCUCCGAUUCAAGUAUAUUAGAGUGUAAAAAAACUGAUGGUUGCACAGUUAGGGAAAAACUGGAUGAAUGGGAAAAUACAGCAACACAAUUUAAUUCAACUCCAGGUGUAACGAAAAGAAAGUCUGAAAAGCUUAAAACAUGUUACAAGAAUUUGAAGUGGAGAUUGCGGAAGGAUUUGGCUGAAGAGAAGGUUCAAGUCUAUAAAACAGGAGGAGUGAAGGCAUUACCACUACCUAAAAAGAAUCCACAAGACACAAAACUACUGGAAAUAGUUGGCUCAUCACUGAAGCCACUGGUAAAUACCUUUGAUUCGUAUGCACAGUACAGUGUAAAAAUGGAUAUAAAUGUAGAUAUAGUUGAUGAUGCAGCAGUUGGCGACGGCAGCAGUACCACAAACAAGUGUAUAUUAGCACUGUCACCAAUUACUAUAUUAAAUGCUCCAGUUGCGUACGCCCUUAAUGUCAUCAGAAGUCUGUUCAUGGGCGAGACCGGAUUGUUUGGAAGUAGUGGAAGCCCCAACACAGGUGAGGGGCCCGUGUUACGCCGGACCUCUCGCAGCAAGGCAACCACGGGUUCGUGUGCCAGUAGCAGCCGCCGCUCGUCCCGGGCUGGAAAAGCCUCCUUGCCUGGGGCCACUGCUGCUGCCGCUGCGGCGACAGCGACGGCUGCAACAUCAUCAACUGCUUCAGGAGCUGCCAUGUCCUCUGGUACCCAGGAAACAACGGGAUCAGAAUCUCAUCCAACAAACAGUGUUCCAGGGGGCAAUCAAGUUCCUGUUGAAGAGCCUGCAAGUGCUGCCUCUGCAGUUCCAUCAGCAUCGGGUAUUCCUUCAGGAAUGCCGUCAAGUGCUCCAGACAGUGAGAGUGAUGAUAGUGAAGUAGGACGUUUGCAGGCACUUUUGGAAGCGAGAGGACUGCCACCUCAUUUAUUUGGUGCAUUAGGACCUCGAAUGCAAACCCUUCUGCAUCGUAGUAUGGGUGCCAGCUCGUCUUCCAAAGCACAGCAGCUACUUCAAGGUGUUCAAGCGACAGGUGAUGAAGGACAACAGCUUCAGGCUGUUAUGGAGAUGUGUCAGAUGUUGGUUAUGGGAAAUGAGGACACGCUGGCUGGAUUUCCGGUGAAACAAGUUGUACCUGCACUUAUUACACUUCUUGGGAUGGAACAUAACUUCGAACUGAUGAAUCAUGCCUGUCGUGCCUUGACAUACAUGAUGGGGGCCCUUCCGAGAUCCUCUGCUGUUGUCGUGGAUGCUGUACCUGUCUUUCUGGAAAAGCUGCAAGUGAUUCAGUGUAUGGAUGUUGCAGAACAGUCCCUCACAGCUCUGGAGAUGUUAUCUCGCAGGCAUAGCAAAGCAAUCCUCCAAGCACGUGGUGUGUCAGCCUGCUUGAUGUACCUUGACUUCUUCAGCAUCAAUGCACAGCGUGCAGCCUUAGCUAUCACGGCAAACUGUUGCCAAAAUUUACACGCUGAUGAAUUCCAUUUCGUAGCAGAUUCAAUGGCCUUGUUAGCAAAUCGUCUAACACAGCAAGACAAGAAAAGUGUUGAGAGUGUGUGCUUAGCUUUCAGUCGGCUUGUGGACAGUUUCCAAGCAGAUCCUUGUAAACUACAGGAGAUAGCCAGUCCAGAACUGCUUACAAAUUUGCAGCAACUGCUUGCUCUGUCACCACCAGUAAUUAGCACAGGGACAUUCAUUACUGUUCUUCGCAUGAUGUCAGUGAUGUGCUCAAAUUGUCCAGAUCUUGCACUAACUCUGCUCAAGCAGAACAUUGCAGAAACAUUAUGUUACCUGCUAACUGGAUCAGGGGACUGCAGUAAUGAGGAGAUUGAACUGGUGUCUCGCAGCCCACAGGAGCUGUAUGAAAUAACUUGCCUUAUCGGAGAGCUUAUGCCACGUCUACCUACUGAUGGAAUAUUCACAGUUGAUGCUCUUUUGGAAAGGCCAAAUAACCAUGUUCAUGAUACCGUUCAAUGGCAGUGGAGGGAUGACCGUGGCUUGUGGCACCCAUACAGUACCAUAGACUCUCGCAUAAUUGAGGCUGCUCAUCAGUCUGGGGAGGAUGAAAUCAGCUUAUCGACACUAGGUCGAACCUAUACAGUGGACUUUCAUUCAAUGCAGCAGAUAAAUGAAGACACUGGGACAACGCGGCCAGUCCAGCGUCGUCUGAAUCCUGUGUCUCUAGCUGCUACUGUGGAUAUGAGCUCUGGGACUGUUACGGCUGGAAGCAGUUCGAUGUCUGUCAGUAGCUCAAACCCAGCAGACAAUAUGCAUUCCACAGGUUCUCAUGCAAACAUUGUUAGCCCAACAACAAGUAUUCAGCUACCUCCUUGUUUUGGUGGUGGAUCAUCAGUUAGUUCAAAUUCAGAAAGCAACUUCAGUGAAAAUAGUGGAAUCAGCAGUGCUCAAAUGAAUGGCAGUAACAGUUCCCGUGAUGCACGUGUUGCAUGUCUGCGUGAAGAACAUGGACUUGCUGCUUCAUUCAUCCGUUCUUUAUUCAGUGUUUUGUAUGAGGUAUACAGUUCGUCAGCUGGACCAGCCGUUCGUUGUAAAUGUUUGCGUGCCUUGCUACGAAUGGUGUAUUAUGCUUCUCCAGAUCUUCUUAAGGAGGUACUAAAAAACCAGGUAGUAUCUAGCCAUAUUGCUGGAAUGAUGGCUUCUCAGGAUCUCAGAAUUGUAGUUGGAGCAUUACAAAUGGCAGAAAUUUUGAUGCAAAAGCUUCCUGAUGUGUUUGGUGUUCACUUCAGGAGAGAAGGUGUGAUGUAUCAAAUCAAGCAGUUGGCAGAUCCUGAUGUGCCAUUAGGAGUUAACCUUCCAAAAGGCCAGAACAGUGUUGGAGGUGCUUCAGUGCCCCUGAAGCAGGAAUCAAUUUGUUCUCUUGCACCACAGCCUGGCCCUUCGUCUGCUCACAUCUGUAGCAGUAGUAGCCAGCCAACUGUUAGCAGCAGCCCUACUGGCAGCAGUCCAAAUGGCAGCAUUUUGCAGCUCGGUGGGAGUUUGAACAGCCAGCUGGGCAGUGGAGCAAGUCUGGUUUUUAGCAGCAGUAGCAGUCAGAAUCUGAAUCAAAGUCCUGAAGCCAGACGCAUAUUCCAGCAGCAUGAGUCAUCUAAUUUGGGCGAUGAUGUGAGGUCACCAAGUCCAUCACAGCUACGUCUAAGUGAUGUUCUAAAAAGGAAGCGAACACCUAAAAGAAAUAUGACAUCAAACAGGAAAUCUCGUCAAGAUGAUAGUUUAUCCUCUUCAGUAAUGCAGGAUUUUUUCUCAAAAGCAACUUCACUGGGCAGCUCUGGAAGGUCCACACCAACAGGUACAGCCCGUUCCCGCUUUGCAGGAGCAACUUCUAAAACAACAAGCUUUUUAGCAAGUCUUAAUCCUGGCAGGGUCGCCAUAUGA